AUGACAAAAGAUUCCGAACGCUCUCAUGUCCACCUUGCUCUACCUCGAUCCAUUCUUUUUUUUGAAGAAUGGAUGAAACUUCCUCUUGAGUAUGACGAUAUCUUUGUUCCUCCAGAGCUCCAACCACCAAAUCCGGACGAUGACCAUGAGCUUAAUGCAGAUUAUCCAUUGCUUUCCUUUGGGAUUCCCAAACCCUCGGCCGCUUCCGCUCGCGACAAACUCAUGGCUUGGAAAGAGUUGGCCUUAGGAGAGCUUCUUACCAACGGCCCCAGUCAUAUGCUUAAUGCAGAAGAUGCAGUGGAAUUCCCAGACUUUACAGAAUCUUUACGCCAAGCUCUCGACGACAUGCCGGCCGCAUUGGUAUCCCCACCACAGCCUACUAAAUUUGCAAGUACAACAAUGGGAAUGGCAACAGCUUCUUCAAAUCAUAAGAAAAACUCGCUAUCGCCAUUUCAGCAGCAGACACAAACGCAGUCGCAAACACAGCAACAACAACAAUCACAAUCACAGACUCAGACUCAGACUCAGACACAACAGCAUCAUCAUCAUCAUUCAGCAUCUCCAGGUACACCACCUCACUCAUCAGACUUCUUCAUCUCGCCUUCUUCUUCUCAUCACUUAGUGACGCGCGGGCCGCGUCGCUCUUCAGGAAAUUCUUCAAUCUUAUCUCAUCGUGCACAUUCCCAUGCAGAUCCUUCCCAUAGCCCGUCAAUCGCUGGCACAAGUGUCUCUUCAGACGUGCGCACCCCUAAAACUCCGGCACCAGGGUCUGCAACUUCUUCGCGAUUACUCAAUGAGCGCCGUGAAAGCCGGCUCGGCUCAUCUCUUUCAGGCCGCCGCCGUCGUAAUGUUCCUCGAUAA